UUAAUUAAUCUACGGCCAUGGCUGCAAAAGCGCUGGUGGUUUAUCUGCUGACGGCGUUUUCCUUGGCCGUUGCGUCGGUUUAUUUCGUCAACAAUUACUCGCAUGGCGGUUACGCAGAGCCUGUGCUUUCUUCCAAUUUUAAUGGCGUCGGACACAGUUAUGGAUCUGAUGCCAAAGUUUGGCCUGAAUUGAAAUUUAGCUGGAGAGUAGUUUUGGCCACCGUGAUAGGGUUCCUGGGCUCUGCCUGUGGUACGGUGGGUGGGGUCGGUGGCGGCGGAAUUUUCGUCCCCAUGCUAACUCUUAUCGUCGGCUUCGAUACCAAGUCCGCCGCCGCUAUUUCCAAGUGUAUGAUAAUGGGGGCUGCAGCAUCAUCGGUAUGGUACAAUUUAAGGGUGCCCCAUCCAUGCAGAGAAGUGCCAAUAAUCGACUACGAUUUGGCUCUUUUGUUUCAGCCAAUGCUUAUGCUCGGAAUCACAAUCGGUGUUUCGUUGAGUGUCGUGUUCCCCUAUUGGCUCAUCACUGUUUUAAUCAUUAUUUUAUUCAUGGGGACUUCUUCGAGGUCGUUUACCAAGGCUAUCGAGAUGUGGAAGGAGGAAACUGUAUUGAAGAAAGCCAUCGCAGAGAAACACACGUUCGCUAAUUCUCGGGGAGAAUUGUUGAUUGAUACCGAGUAUGAACCGUUGAUUCCUAAAGCAGAGAAAACGAAACUUCAAAUUCUGAAGGGCAACUUAAACCUUAACAGAAUCUUGGUGCUGCUGCUUGUAUGGGUUUGUUUCUUGCUUCUUCAAGUCAUCAAGAAUGGCACAACGACUUGUAGUACAUUGUACUGGGUGCUUAACUUGUUACAGUUCCCGGUUGCACUUGGUGUGUUCGGAUACGAAUGUGUGAGGCUGUACAAGAAAAGCAAGAACAGAAGAAUUUCUGGAAGUACAGAUUUAAUAUGUGAGGCAGCAAUAGAAUGGACGAGCACAAAUCUUGCAUUCUGUGCACUUUGUGGUAUCCUAGGUGGCACUGUCGGUGGUUUGUUAGGCUCUGGCGGGGGCUUCAUUCUUGGCCCCCUCUUGCUCGAAAUCGGAGUUAUGCCUCAGGUGGCUAGCUCGACGGCGACUUUUGUGAUGAUGUUCUCCUCAUCUUUAUCCGUGGUCGAAUUUUAUCUCCUCCAGAGGUUUCCAAUGCCCUACGCUCUGUACCUAAUGGCUGUCUCGAUUUUGGCUGGUUUCUGGGGGCAAUAUUUCAUUAGAAAGCUGAUAACAAUCCUAAGGAGGGGUUCGCUUAUUGUGUUUAUUCUCUCGGGCGUCAUUUUCGCAAGUGCUCUCACAAUGGGUGUUGUUGGAAUAGAUAAAAGCAUAAGGAUGAUAAACAAUCAUGAGUUCAUGGGAUUCUUAGAUUUUUGCAGCAGCCAAUGAAAUGGGAAGUUGUUUGUAGAUGAAAAUCAUACACUUGGAAAAUAGAUUUGAAGUUUUAUGUGGAAUUUUUAUUUUUUUAAAUAUAUAUUUUUAUUUUUAAAAAAUGAGAGAGGUGUUUGGUCAAUGCCUAAUUGACCAUCACACAUCUCAUUUAUCAAGUUUUGGUUUGUAUAAUUAAUGUGUGGCUGGAAAGCAUUAGGGGGUGUUUGGCCAAUGCCUAAUUGACCAUCAUCCCUCAAUAACUCUUCAUUUUGCAAUAUUUCGUUUUUUGUUCUUGAAGC